GCGGUUCUAUCGAUGGGCUAGGUCAGCGACUCCUGGGAGAGUUCUACCUGAAAUUUCCAGGUCACAAUGAAUCAAUAAUAAGCACUGUGUCGACACAAGUAGCACCCACCUCGUCCGCAAGACGUAAAAAGUUAGAGAGGGUUUCAGUGCCUGCGGAGCUUCAUGAUUCCCAAUUCGCAGUUCAACGGGUUAUUGAGAAAAAGUCGUCGAGAGAAGCGGAGAAGAGGAAUCAACGGCAGCAGGCAAACAAAUACAAAGGACGGUGA